AUGGCUUCGCAGCCGCAGAACCCAUCGAAGAAGGCCCUCCGAACUCCGGGAGGGAGCGGAUCGCAGAGCUCGAGGACGAACCAGACGGUGAAAUUCGCUCGUCGGACUUCGAGCGGCCGCUACGUGAGCCUCUCGAGGGAGGACAUUGACAUCUCCGGCGAGAUCUCCGGCGACUACAUGAACUACACCGUGCACAUCCCUCCGACGCCCGAUAACCAACCCAUGAACGAGCCCAUGGAGGCCUCCUCAGUGGCGCUGAAGGCGGAGGAGCAGUACGUCUCCAACUCCCUCUUCACCGGCGGCUUCAACACCGUCACCAGAGCCCAUCUCAUGGACAAGGUCAUCGAUCACCAAACCAGGCACCCCCAGAUGGCCGCCGGCAAGGGUUCCCUCUGCUCCAUGGCCGCCUGCGACGGCAAGGUCAUGACCGACGAGAAUGGCGACGAUCUCGACCCCUGCGAGUGCCGGUAAAUCUUUUCUUUUUAGGUUUGAUUCUUUCCGCUGGUCGUCUUCUCCGGCACCGGCGAGGUACUCCGGCAGUGGUGAUCGGCGUGUGCAGGUUCAAGAUAUGCAGGGAUUGUUAUAUGGACGCGCAGAAGGGAGGGGGGAUGUGCCCGGGAUGCAAGGAGCCGUACAAGGUGGGGGAGUACGACGACGGCGACCCGCCGGAGUUCUCCGCCGGGGCGGCGCUGCCGCUGCCGGCGCCGGCGAGCCAGAAGACGGACCGCCGAAUGUCGGUUAUGAAGUCCACCAACAAGUCGCUUCUGAUGAGGAGCCAAACGGGAGAGUUCGACCACAACCGGUGGCUGUUCGAGACCAAGGGAACCUACGGCUACGGCAACGCCUUCUGGGCCAAGGACGACGGCUACGGCGGCGCCGGCGCCGGAGAAGACGACAGCGACUUCAGUGGGCCGCCGCCGGAGGCCAUGGACAAGCAAUGGAAGCCGCUCACCCGCAAGAUCCCCAUGCCCACCGCCAUCAUCAGCCCUUACAGGCUCCUCAUCGCCGUCCGCAUCGUCGCGUUAGGGUUCUUCCUCCAGUGGCGGGUGAAGCAUCCCAACGAGGAGGCCCUCUGGCUCUGGGGCAUGUCCAUCGUCUGCGAGCUCUGGUUCGCCUUCUCAUGGCUUCUGGACCAGAUCCCCAAGCUCUGUCCCAUCAACCGGGCCACCGAUCUUGCCGUGCUCCGGGACAAGUUCGACUCGCCGUCGCCGGCGAACCCCGCCGGCCGCUCCGACCUCCCCGGCGUCGACGUCUUCGUCUCCACCGCCGACCCAGAAAAGGAGCCGCCGCUGGUCACCGCCAACACCAUCCUCUCCAUCCUCGCUGUCGACUACCCGGUGGAGAAGCUCGCUUGCUACGUCUCCGACGACGGCGGCGCUCUUCUCACCUUCGAGGCCAUGGCGGAGGCCGCAAGUUUCGCUGCCAUCUGGGUCCCCUUCUGCCGGAAGCACGAUAUCGAGCCCAGAAAUCCAGACAGCUACUUCAACGUGAAGGGCGACCCCACGAAGAACAAGCGGCGGUCUGAUUUCGUCAAGGACCGGCGGCGGAUCAAGCGGGAGUACGAUGAAUUCAAGGUGAGGAUCAACGGGUUGCCGGAUUCCAUCCGACGGCGCUCCGACGCGUUCAACGCGAGGGAGGAGAUGAAGAUGCUGAAGAUGAUGAGGGAGAAGGGGGCCGAUCCUUCUGAGCCCAUCAAGGUGCAGAAGGCGACUUGGAUGGCGGAUGGAACCCACUGGCCGGCGACUUGGGCAGUCUCCGCCGCUGACCACGGGAAGGGAGAUCACCCCAGCGUGUUGCAGGUGAUGCUCCGGCCGCCGGCGCCGGAGCCGGUGAUGGGUCCGCCGGAGGAGGAGAGGAUGAUGGACUUCUCAGACGUGGACGUGAGGUUGCCGAUGCUGGUGUACAUGUCCAGGGAGAAGAGGAGGGGAUAUGAUCAUAAUAAGAAGGCCGGGGCCAUGAAUGCUCUGGUUAGGUCAUCGGCGGUGCUCUCCAAUGGUGCCUUCAUCCUGAACCUGGACUGCGACCACUACGUUUACAACUCGCAGGCCAUUAGAGAGGGGAUGUGCUUUAUGAUGGACCGCGGUGGGGACCGGAUCUGCUACAUCCAGUUCCCCCAGAGGUUCGAGGGGAUCGACCCCUCCGACCGCUACGCGAAUCACAACACCGUCUUCUUCGACGGCAACAUGCGCGCCCUCGACGGCGUCCAGGUAACUAACCCUAACCCUUCUUCGUCUUCUUCUUCCUCUACUUCUACUACUACUACUACAAUUUUCUUCUUCUCGCCGAUGGUUCUGGGUUCUUCUCUGCGCAGGGGCCGGUGUACGUCGGCACGGGGUGCCUCUUCCGGCGCUUCGCUCUCUACGGCUUCGACCCGCCGAGGGCGACGGAGUACUCCGGCUGGUUCAUCAAGAGGAAGAAGAAGAGCAAGAUCGGCGAUGGAAAUCCAGAGUCGGAGACGAGAGCGUUGAGAUCAGACGAGCUCGAAGAAGACGGCUUGGAGGUGGCCCUCCUUCAGAAGAGCUUCGGAAACUCCACCGCCCUCGCCAAGUCCGUCGCCAUCGCCGAGUUUCAGGGCCGCCCCCUCGCCGACCACCCCGGCGUCAAGAACGGCCGCCCCCCCGGCGCCCUCCGCGUCCCCCGCGAACCCCUUGACUCCUCCGUCGUCACCGAGGCCGUCUCCGUCAUCUCCUGCUGGUAAUCUCCUCUUCCUCUCUUCCUUUCUUCUUCUUCCUCUCCGGCGAGUGACUGACCAACCAGCCGGUGCAGGUACGAGGACAAGACGGAGUGGGGCAGCCGCAUCGGCUGGAUCUACGGUUCCGUCACGGAGGACGUCGUCACCGGCUACCGCAUGCACAACCGCGGGUGGCGCUCCGUCUACUGCAUCACCAAAAGAGAUGCCUUCCGCGGCUCCGCCCCCAUCAACCUCACCGACCGCCUCCACCAGGUCCUCCGGUGGGCCACCGGCUCCGUCGAGAUAUUCUUCUCCAGGAACAACGCCCUCCUGGCCUCCUCCCGCCUGAAGCUCCUCCAGAGGAUCGCCUACCUCAACGUGGGCAUCUACCCAUUCACCUCCAUGUUCCUCAUAAUGUACUGCUUCAUCCCCGCCCUCUCGCUCUUCUCCGGCCACUUCAUCGUGCAGAGCUUGGACGUCACCUUCCUCGUCUACCUCCUGAUCAUCACUAUAACCCUAACACUUCUGGCCAUCCUGGAGGUGAAGUGGUCCGGAGUUGGGUUAGAGGAAUGGUGGCGGAACGAGCAGUUCUGGUUGAUCUCCGGCACCAGCGCCCACCUGGCGGCGGUGGUGCAGGGCCUGCUGAAGGUCAUCGCCGGGAUCGAGAUCUCCUUCACGCUGACCUCCAAGUCCGCCGGAGAAGAUGUUGAGGACGCCUUCGCGGAGCUGUACAUCGUGAAGUGGACUUCACUGAUGAUACCGCCGAUCACGAUAAUGAUGGUGAACAUCAUCGCCAUUGCUGUGGGCUUCUCGAGGACGAUCUACAGCGAGACGCCGCAGUGGAGCAAGCUCAUGGGGGGGGCCUUCUUCAGCUUCUGGGUGCUUGCUCAUCUGUACCCUUUUGCCAAAGGGUUGAUGGGUAGGAGGGGGAAGACGCCCACCAUCGUUUUCGUUUGGUCUGGUCUCAUCGCCAUCACCAUCUCCUUGCUCUGGAUCGCCAUCAACCCCCCCAAGGGCUCUGCAACUCACGCCGGCAGCAGCGGCUUCCAGUUCCCCUGA